GAAGCGUCCCUCCUGCCUACAGGAAGUGGAGGGCAGCCUGCUACCUGUCCGUCUGUCUGCUUGUUGUGCUCAUCGAGUCCAUCGCAACACCUGAGGGUGGAUGCUGCCUUCACGUCCUCCUGGACUCCAUCCUUCCUGUGUGUGUAUUAAUUCACUGUAGGCCUAUGUGACUGUGCGUCCGUGUCGACACCUCCCCAGCCCACCAUGUCCCCGUGUCCCUCAACGCCCCAGCUGAGUCCAUCGGUGUGUGUUCGCCUCCUCUGCCUGCUGCUGCUCCUCCUCACAGACUGCUCCUGCUCGGUUACGGCCGAGCCCAACACGACACAAGCUAACAGCACCGCAGAAUGUGGCACACAGGAGGACCCCUUCCCCCCCUGCUCGGCUUCAUCCAACCCCACAUUUAAUGACUCUGCGUCACCAUCGUCUCCUCCAACAACGUCACCACCGUCUCCUCCAACAACGUCACCACCGUCUCCUCCAACAACGUCACCACCGUCUCCUCCAACAACGUCACCACCGUCUCCUCCAACAACGUCACCACCGUCUCCUCCAACAACGUCACCACCGUCUCCUCCAACAACGUCACCAUCGUCUCCUCCAACAACGUCACCAUCGUCUCCUCCAACAACGUCACCAUCGUCUCCUCCAACAACGUCACCAUCGUCUCCUCCAACAACGUCACCAUCGUCUCCUCCAACAACGCCGUCUCCUCCAACAACGUCACCAUCGUCUCCUCCAACAACGUCACCAUUGUCUCCUCCAACAACGUCACCAUCGUCUCCUCCAACAACGCCGUCGUCUCCUCCAACAACGCCGUCGUCUCCUCCAACAACGCCACUGUCUCCAACAUCGCCAACGCCUACUACAACAACGCCGUCGUCUCCUCCAACAUCGCCAACGCCUACUACAACAACAGCUACGUCAGCAACAACAAAAAGAACAUCUACAGCAGAACCAACAGCUAAAGCUGCAGCACACCUGGCAACAACCACCGUGACCGCCAGCAGUACCCAUGCUGCUGGCGAUCGCGACAAGCCCGUGGUAGACGUAGCGGGAGCCGCUCUGACCAGCCAGCUGGUGGAUACGGCGUCUCUGCUGGCCGUCCUGCUCUUCGGCCUGCUCUUCUUCUUGGUCACGGUGGCCGUGUUCGUCACGCAGGCCUACGAGAGCUACCGGAGGAAGGACUACACCCAGGUGGACUACCUCAUCAACGGCAUGUACUCUGACUCCGGGGUGUGACGGGGUGGGGGAAGGGAGAGAGACGCUAAUCACAAUGCGUGGGGACCUUUUGUGCGCUCUGAGUCAUGGAGAAGUAGGAAUAGACUGACCAACGGCUCUCUGAACUGACCCUGAUCGCUUUCUACCAUAAAUGUUCCAGUUAACGCGUUCUUCUUCUUCUUCCCCUGCUUCCUGUUCUGCGAUGGUAUGAAUGUGAGGAGUUUGGCACGUCCCAGUUUUGCAAAAUGUUGAGCAGCAAAAAGGCGAGGUUACCGUGAUGCAACUCUGGUUCUGUUGGCCCUCGACAGAAUCUGCUGUUGGUUCCAGGCCGGGUGGACGAAACGGGACGCUCCCAUGGUGAUGAAACACAACAGACUCAUUUCUGUCUGUCAAAUUGUUUAAGUUAUUGUACCUUAUGCAGAUGAAUGUAGAGCUCCUUGAGGGCUGUUUCCGGGAAGAAAUCCAAAUUAAGUUGGAAUUAAUUUGAAACACACCAAAUUCAUUGUUAAUUUAUAGAUGCUUUUUUUUCUUUUUUUCUUUUUUUCUUCUUCACACAUUCGAGAAAAUGUUUGAAUUUGGAAUAUAAAGCGAGAGCUCUAUUAAGGACCAAAGCAUAUAUGUGGAUGUCAUAACGUACGUUGUGCCACAUAAAAGGGAUUUCAUUUGAGGGAAAUGAAAGUAGCAGGCAGCUCCUCGUAGCACCGAGUCGUCGACAUCAUUUCCGUCUCGUUUCAGCCCUCGCCUCUGACAACCCGCCAUGGGCAGAGGGCCUUUUGGUGUUUCCACAGAGCGAAGCCUCCGUUGCUGCGUUGGCCUUCUCCGUCAGUUCAGUGACCAGAAGGCUGUCGUCUUUAUAAGCGCCACUUUUUCAUUCGCUCCCAAAUAAAGUGGUUGAGAGAAUGUGGCCGAAACGUCUUUUGCUCCUAAAAGAUGUCCGUCACUAUGGAAGGGAGAUGCUAGUCGUAAUGCGUGGACUACAUUACUACACUACUACUGACCUGGGGGACUUCACGAUGCAGAGAGCUGGACUUGAACCAGCCUCUCCCAUACUUUUUCAUUUAAAAGCAAAUCACCACGUGGAAAACCUUCACAGGAUUCCAGAGGUAGAGGAGGUUUCUCAGAAAGACAUCAGUGUUACGCGGGGCGCUCCUUCCUGCCAGCUGAAUACAGUAAGAGAAGUCUUUCCAUCGCCCGUCAUUAAGUUUCCCCAGAUGUGGCCCGGUGCGCCAGCGCCAAAGUAUAUUCUGAGUGAUGUCUGGUUCAGUCAGCAGGCCAGAGAGGGACCACGAGUCAUGUCAGUCGGGUCUGUCUUCCUCAUCCUGUCCCGCAUGUUAACGUUGGCUCAGUGCUUUUCGGCCCUGUUUGGCUCGAUGAUGUUGGCGAAGUUUAUAUCAGAAAAGAAGAGGAAGAAAAAAAACGAUUAUUGAAACAAACCGCCUCAUUUGAUUCCCACUGAAUUAAUCGAAUCAAUCCCAGUUACAUUAAUUCCACUCCUUUCGGGAGCUUGAUCAAUGUCUUCCAAUAUCUUGACAUGGGGCGCAGCAGCAGCCCGUCACAAAAGCAGCUAUCGCCCUGACGGCGUGCUGGGACACACUAAACCUAUUGCGGCUUGGGGACCGGAGGAAAUGCUCCAAACAAAGGGCACACGGUCUGGAGAUGAUUACCAGGAAUGUGCUGCAUUUCUUUAUUGUUUUGGUUUAUUUCAAAUUCAUUUCAAGACCAAGUCGGACGUCUUUGGAAAUCCGUUAGUUUGCUGUCAAACCCACAGUUCUAGUACACGAGAAGAUGCUGUGAAGUUCAGAACGGACAUGUUCACAAGCCGUGUUUCCAUUCACACGUUCUCAGCGUAUUUUGAAGACGCGGUAUGGUAACAAACUAGUUUUUACCUUCGCUUGAGGGGAGUCUUUCUUUUUGUUCCUCGUGUAAAACGAGUUGAGGCGUUGUUCAGCCGACGUGGAAGAACAACUGAAAUGACUCGAGACCUCAACACACGACCAAUCGGCAUCCUGUGAGGUGAGGUGGGCGUGGCUUGUGGGCGUUCAAAACAACAACGGCGGUUAGCUCAGAUGCUACAAUAGCAUCCAUUGUAUCAGAACUGUGGAGCAAAGAGUAAAGAACGUCACUGAAGGCUUUUCAAGAGGAUUUCACUCUCCUCCCAACUGGCGUUGGCAAAGGUUUGAUUGAUCACCUGCCAAAUGUGUUUUCACUUUUUUUUAAGUGCCUUAUCAGAUGUUUCGCCAUUUGGUGUGUCGGAGGUUAGAUGGCCAAGGAGACUUGUUUAGUUUUGCAUCCUCUUCUUCUUCUGUUUACUGGCGGUUUACAGCCACGUGUAGCCUAGAGCACCAACGUCUGACCAAAACCACUCUAACCAGUCGGACGCCCAGUGCGCGGCUCCUUUUUGUGACAGUUUGUUUAAAAUUUCCUUGACAAUUGAAUGGAAACAUGGCUGCAAAAUCUUUUUAAUGUUUUUUGGUUGUUUUUUUAACCACACCUAAGCUAAUGACUGCCCCUCAGUUUCACACGGUGGUAAUAGCCUAGCUUAGCACUAGUCGGGAACACGUGAUGGCUAAACCCAUCUCUGACUGGCGACGUCUGUACAGCAUCAGAUGAAACUCUAACUGUGGUUAACAGGCUAGAAAAAAGGACAGAAAAUUGAUAUUUCCCAAAUGUGUCUUCUAUUUCAAAGUCUUAUGAUUUCACUUCCAGUCCAUUAGCUUUCAUUAAUGCCAAUGAUAUUUCGUUUUUUGUAAUUUUGUUAUGUGUUUAAUGUUUUUGCACUCAUGGGUACAGGGCCAUACUAGUUUAUUACAAUAUUAUUUUUCUAAUUUUUGCUCACAGCUAAUGCAUUUUUGAAUGCUCGGCCGUUUUGAAUAUAUUGGGUUAUGUUCCUUCUGUAAUAAUCUGCUGUCUGUCUCCGUUCAUGACCAAUUUGUGGAUUAUAUUUUGUUCAUAAUUCCUUAAUGAGUCUUCCUGUAGCUUAAUGUUUACCUCACCGUGCAAUUUCUUUUGUUUUGAUAUAUGUUGUUAUAUUACACUGAUGAACAUGGAUCCAUUCAUCUGCUUAUGUUUUAAUGACUAUCAUGACUAUCCCAUGUGUUCUCAUUAUGAGGUAAAGGUAGGAGUGGAAUACUCCAGCUCAAUAGAUGCCCACAUAUGGAAGUUAUGAACGUGGAUGCACAGAUAACGUCUAACGGUUUGGAUUAUAUUCCUCAAAGCGAUGAACAGAAACUCCGUACCUAUCACCUUUUUGAAGUUGUUCUCAAAGACUGAAUUACUGUUGCCUUCUCUCCAGUUUGUGUCUGUCUUCCGAGUGGUUCUUGAACAAUUGCCAAAUAAUUACUGAAGCACAUUAUUGUAUGAUAAAGCCAAGGGAAUCCUAAAGCCAUUAUCGAUACGUGACUGACUACAUGACAAAAGGAGUGAGCGCUCACAGCCGAGGACGUUGUUAAAUGUGUGCUAUGAAGUAUUUCUGCCGUGUAUAAUGUGCAUAUGUCUGACCCGUGUCUGGUUCUGCAAUGGUCCUGCUAAUCUUGUGUUUCUCCGUCUUGACUGUCAGAACUGAUUUUCUUUAUUUUAUUUUCUGUUGAUGCUUUUGUUUUGAGAAAUGAUGGAACAUCAUGUUUCCAGGAGCACGAGAUGCCACCGGUACGGAGCCAGAGGGCAACUUUGUUUGCUAAUUGUUUUUUUUUUUCAUGCAAAUGCGUUUAUUCCGUUGUGUCGUGGGAACAAGGUCUUGAUUCCGAUAUUGUGGGAAAAUUAGGUGAUGAUUUUAAAACCAGCUUUUGUUUUCCCAUGAGAAUUGGAGAUGUAUUCCUUUGCCAGUGAAGCGUCAUCAAGAUUUGAUUUUCUAGAUGAAAUUUAGAGUUUCUAACGUCUGUAAUUCUUACGUGAGCAGGCGGGUUUGUGUUUUGUCUGAGCAGAGUGACGAGAGAAGACACCUGCUGCGUGCCAACUGAACAUUGUACCAAUGCACUUUAACAAGAUAUUUUUACUUGCAGAGAAUGAAUAAUAAAUAAAAGAACCAAAUUGAU